GUCAUCAGCGUGCGCCGGGGAGGCGGCGGCGGCGCGGGGCUGUCCGGGCCUGUGCGUGCUCCCUUCGCUGCUGGGCGCUGCUGCUGUGGCCGUGGUGGGCAGGGACCGGCCGGGACCAGCCUCGUGGGCUUCGCUCCUGCGUGCCGGACCCGCGGGACGGUGCGGGCGAACAUGGAUUCACAGAAGGACGUUCAGCCUCCAAAGCAGCAGCCAAUGAUUUACAUCUGUGGAGAAUGUCAUACAGAAAAUGAAAUAAAGGCAAGAGAUCCUAUCAGGUGCAGAGAAUGUGGCUACAGAAUAAUGUACAAGAAAAGGACAAAAAGAUUGGUAGUUUUUGAUGCUCGAUGAUGUCUGCUGAAGAUAGUGACUUCAUGAUGUAAUCUUUCUGAUAACUUUGUUCUGUAAAACUAUCUGUGUGUAAAUGCACUCUCUAACUUGUGUUUUAAGAGAAUGAAAUAUUAAAGUUUACUGUAAUACUAAAUUUUGUCUAUAUUGUCUUCCAGCAAUAGAUUUCUAAAGCUGUUGUGUAAAGUGUAGUCAAAAUAUGCAGUAUUUUUAAAGUUCAGUGAUAGUUGUAUGCUUUUUGAGUUAACUUUGUUUUUAUUAGUCUUAUCUAAACUUUAUUUGCAUUUUAACUUUGCUGAAUGUUCUUUGGACUCCUCUGAACUCUAUAAAAUAACUGUGUUUUGAAUAAAUUCCACUGACCAUAAAUAGAAGGCUACAGAAGGCUGGGUUUGAAACAAAUUUGGAUUUCAAAAAAGAAAAUCUUAAAGGACUUCAGGCCACCCAGUUCUGGCACCCAGUUGUGGACAUGUCAAAAGUAUGGAUGUUUGGAAGUGUGAAAAAGAAUCUCUCCUGAAAGAAGAGAGAGGGAGGCAAGUUAAACAUUAAGAAGCAAUGUGGAAACAGAAAUUUCUUAAGUGCUGUUUGACUUUAGGGAAAGAAUUAGAUCUGUGUUGCAAAGAUUAUUUGGGUAGCACCCCGAAAUUCAAGUGGGAUCUUGUUUUGCUUUUCAGAUGACUUUUCAGGGGUCUGUAAUAAGUGGUGGGUUUGGGAUGAUGAGCCCAAACUUCUUGCAUCUAUCCAUUUGGAAUGGGUGUUAUGUAAUCCCACUAAAGGGUACUACACCAUA